AUGUACGAUUUCGCUAAACCAAGCGGCGAGAUGUACGAUUUCGCUAAACCAAGCGGCUCAACCCACGCGAUGUGCCUCAGAGCCCAAUCAUCCAGCGCCUGCAUGGACCCCAACGCGCAAGAGAUGGACAUGCGCCAAGAACCGGCUCCCAGGAUACCGAAACAGCGCGCUGCUCUUAUAGGGCUGCAGGGUGAGAGCAGAUGA